AGUUCUAUUUGCAUAGUAAUUGAUUUAAUAACUGGUAUAAAAAGUGUACACCACGCAAUUUGCAUUGUAAGAAAAAUGCGUUUCUGUGCACAACUCGCGUUUUGUCUCGUCAUCUUUGCACCAUGCGGAUCCUUGCCCAAAAUUUUCAAGAGGUGCAAAAUUGAAGACAACGAGUGUUUAAAAUCGAGCGUGGAGAAUGCAAUUUUGAACUUAGGAAAUGGGCUCGAGGAGUUGAAUAUUGAACCUAUCGAUCCACUGUCAAUACCACCGCAGGAGUAUCAGCCAAUUCCCGGUCCUGUAAGUUUGUAUCAGAAGUACUCAAAUGGCAUAUACCAACACCUAUCAAAAUUGAAAGUCAUGCAGUUUAGAACAGAUUUGGAUAAAUGCAAUAUAUACUUGGAGACAUUUUACCCUACUAUAUUCUUUAGUGCAAACUAUUCGAUAAAAGGUCAACUUGCACAUCUUGAGGUUGAUGCAGAGGGAAUAGGGAAUGGGACUUCAACCAAUAGCACCAUGCUGGUCAACGUGACCUGUGAAACAUAUCUGCAGAAUGACAAAGAGCACAUAAAAGUAAACGAUGUGCAUGUUGAACUCGUUAAGGCAAAGUUUGAAGCUCACAUGGGUGAAGUUUUCAAAGGGAAUGACAAUCUUAAUGAGGUCUUUGACAAAACUAUAAAUGAAAAUAUUGAGGCGUUUAUGGAAACUACAAUCCCAGGCGAAAUAGCCGCCCUAGGCGCAUUAUUUAAAGAGACCAUGAACAAGGUAUUUUCCAAAUAUUCUGUGAAAGAAAUUUUUGAAGAUAAUUAAGCACAGCUUCUUCAUUCAUACUCUUUUCCUUCCCACUUCUGAAAAGCUAAAUAAAUUACUUAAACGAUCUUUCUAAUUUAGCGUAAUUGUAGAUGGUUUUAUACAAGUAUGUAAUCUCUUGAGACAAAUAAAAGAAACGAGAGAA